AGAGCGUUCAUCAAAAUCUAAGUCUUCUGAAGUAACAACUCAGAAAGAGAUUGACGAUAAGAAUGACCCACAACCGUCAACUCCAACGACUCCCGAGGUUGUUUCGGUUCUUUCUGAGGAAAAACGCAACGAGUAUAAGAAAUUGAAGCUACAGCUAGCGCUUAAAGAACAGCGGAAAGGACUCGUUGGCAAUAGAAAAGAGAAUGUGAGUAAUGAUGAAUCCGUUGUGAAACAGAACGAGAAUGUUGCGACGAAACAAGGUCAAGAGAAAAAGCAAUUCGCAAAACGACACGCUCAGAAUGGAAAGCAAAAGGCUCCAAAGGAGAAGCAUUCUGGUAAUCGUCGACCGCGAAUCGAAACACAGACGCAAGAACGACAACAACAGCAAUUAUUACAGUUACAACAGCAGCAACAACAACAACUGCAGAAACAGCAACAGGAACGACAGCAAAAACACCAGCGGCAAACUCAACCACAACAGCAAAAACAGGAUGAGAUGAACGAGCAGCAACAAG